AUGGACUUUUGUGUUGUCCAUUUUGAAUAUGACAGUCAAAUAACUGUUGUUUCGGCCACAAAAAUAAAGGUAGAUGAUGAAAUGAAUUUGCAGGCAGAAUUGCAGUGCUUAGCACCUUUCGAAACGGAAUCCAUUGGCGACGACGGUCGUGAGAUAGUGAUUAACCAAGAUUAUAAAGGGACAGUUAUCUGCACUGGCCAAGUAAAAAAGAAGGCAUCUGAUAUUGCACGUAAAUGUCAGAAACAGUUAGAAGAUGGAGAACAGCCUAAAAUGUCAGAAAAUGAAGACCCUAAGCCUAAGAAGACUAAGGAAAAGUCAGCUACAUUCAACAUUGUGACCAAAAAGAAGAAAAAAGCAGAUGAGACUAAAAGUAAAACAAAAGCUAGCAGUAAAGACAAAGUCCUGAGGCUGUCACAAACACAAGAAAAAAAAAAACAUAUAUCCGCAGAGAAAAUGGCAGAGAUGUUGGAGUUACUUGGAGGUGAUAGUCCGGACAAAAUUGGACAAACAUCCCCAACUUUGAGCCAGGCAAGUUAA